AUGUAUUGUUGUGCACAUGAAAACAGUCGAGAGACUCUGCUCUGUGGGGAUCGCGCUCAAGUGGAAGAGCACUGCCAAAUGCAGACUUACGGCUGGGUCCAGCACGCAUCGCUGCUGCUCUUCAUCUUCUUCCACCACCAUGCGGUCAACGGUCAGGAUGUGGAAAUCACGAGCGAUCCAGCAGUCAGCGACGUUUAUCGUCAACCAGAUAGUCUUCUCUGUUUGCAUUAA